GUGCGCUACUCUACUUACUCUGUGUAUUUGCUUUGUGAGCAUUUUUGGGCUAUUGCCAACCAUAUCAUUCUUUUCCCUUUACCGUCUACUUCCCCUUUUUUCCUUUCUUGCUUUUAAUACUGAAUCUUGUUUAUCAGUUUAAGAAGGAUCAUUUCUUUUGAAUUCUUGAUCAUCAUCAGCAGCAGCAGUCUCUAUACAUGGCCACUGAUACUGUUUCAUCUGAUCAUCCUACUACUGCCUCUGAGCAAGCUGAGAAGGAAGUGCCCGGAGAGCUUAAGAAUAUGGAAGGAGAGAGUGUUCCCCCUACCAAGGAGAAUGAAGUAAAACCAAAAGAAGAAGAUUCCCCAAGUCCAGUGGUUUCUUCUACUGAACCAGUGGUAAAAAUAGAGGACACAAAAAGCGACUCAACGGUUAUUGAAGAGCCAAAAUCAGUGGAGCCAGAGUCCGAGAAAGUUGAUAACGCGGAGAAGCCGAAUGCAGAAGAAUCAUCCCAAGUGCUAACUGAAGAAGUAAAGAAAGCUGAUGAAGAUGAGAAGCCAAUAGCAGACGAAGCAGCCCCAGCAACAGUCGAUGAAGUAAAGAAAGAUGAUGAGCUAGAGAAGCCAACAGUAGAGGCACCACCUUCAGCAAUAGAACGAAAGAGCACUGAGGAAGAAGAGAAGCCAAAAGCUGAUGAGCCACAGGCCCUGGAAAUUAAAGAGGCAAAGAAAGUUGAGGAGGAGCAGAAGCCUAUAGCUGAGGAACCUGUUCCCACAAUAGUUGAAGAAGUAAAGAAAGCUGAUGAGGAAGUAAAGCCAACAACAGAGGAAGCACCAGCAAUUAUCAUCGAAGAAAUAAAAAAGAGCGAUGAUGAAGAAAAGCCUAAAGCUGAUGAACCAAUUCCAACAAUAGCCGAAGAAGUAAAGACAGCUGAUGAGAAGCCAACAAUAGAGGAACCGCCACCAACCCAAAUCGAAGAGGUAAAGAAAAGUGAUGAGGAAGAGAAGCCUAAAGUUCAUGAACCAAUUCCAGCAAUAGUGGAAGAUGUACAGAAAGCUGAUGAAGAAGUUAAGCCUAAAGCUGACGAACCAGCUCCAAUAAUAGUGGAAGAAGUAAAGAAAGCUGAUGAAGAAGAGAAGCUGAAGAUUGAAGAACCUCCAGCAACUAUAAUUGAAGAGGUAAAGAAAAGCGUCGAGGAAGAGAAGUCAAUAGCUGAUGAAGCAUUGCCCCCAACAAGUGAAGAGGUAAAAAAGGUUGAUGAACCACCAGCUCCGCCACCAGCCACAACUCACGAUGAAGAGAAGCCAAAAGCUGAGGAAAGCAUACUUGCUACUCCAGCAGAAUCAGAAGAAAAGACAGCAGACAAGGAAAUUGAGCCUCCUACUGUCGAAGAAGUUAAGAAACAAGAUGAAACGCCUGCAUUGGAUGUCACUAGCAAAGAUAUUCCAGAAUUAACCAAGGAACCUACCCCUGAACCAGAAGCUCAAAGUAUUCCUGAUCAAGUUGCUGAUAUUACCAAACGUGAACCAGAGGUCCAAGCAGAGGCUGGAAAUGCUGAAACUUUAGACAAAGAAUCCAAAAUAGAGCCUGCUGAGGAAAAGCCCGAGCAGCAGGCAGCAACAGUUGACAUUGAGGAAACAUCAAUUGAGGCUGUUGAGGAAAAGAAGGAGCAAGUAGAUUUAGAGGCCAGUGAACAGCAAAAAGCUAAAGAGGCAGAAGUCCCGAAAGAAGAACCUAAGGAAGUUGCUUCAGAACCAGCUCCCGUUGUAGAGGAAAAGCCAACUGAAGCUACUGAAAAGAUUGAGCAAGAAGCUGCUGAGGCUGUUACCGGAAAUGAAGCAGCGACUCCAGUAGAUAAGGUAGAAGAGGCUCCAAAAGAGGAACCUGUUGUUGCAGAGAGCUCAAAUCAAGUAGCAUCAACUACGUUAGAAUCACUAAUGCAGAAAAUGGAUGAAGAAAGUCCUGCAGAAGUUGCUGGAGACAAUGCUGUCAUUGAGGAGAAAGAAAAGGAAUUGGUUCCAGAGGCUACAGUUGUUGAAGUACCACCAAAAGAAGAGGUUGAAAAUGUCGAAAGAGAAAUAAAGGAUGUGAAAAAUGUUGGUCAAGAUGAGAAGGAGGAGAAAAGUGUUGUUAAUGAGGAAUUAGCUGCACCAGAAGCAAAGGGAGUUGAAACAUCUGAAGUCGCUGAAAAGGUUCCAGAAGUGGAGAUUGCUUCUAGAGACAUCAAACCAAUUACUGAAAAUGGGAGCUCAAAGGAUGACACAAUUCCUACAGCUGAAACCAGUGAAGCUGCAGAAGUUGAGAAGAAAGUGGAUGAGAAUGCUACUGCUGAACCAUCAGCUGAAGAGGCUCAGAAGUCGGAGACAGAGGCGAAAGAUGAGAAGACUGCUGAAGGUGAGAAGGAAGUUGAGGAGAUUGCAAAAACAGAAGCUCCUAAGGAUGGUGAAGACAAGAAAACUACAGAAGAAGUACCAGUAAAGACAAAGCAAUCAAACAACCUUAUGUCCAAGGUGAAGCAAUCUCUUGUGAAGGCGAAGAAAGCGAUCAUCGGGAAGUCUCCCAGCUCUAAAUCUGAUACAAAGACUGAAGUUAAAACCAAAUAAGUAAAGGGAGGAAACAUUACAGUGAUCAUAAGUGAGUUGUUUUAUUAGUUGUGUGAUCUUUAUUUUUCUUUUUUUAAACCUUUUGUUUUCUUCAUUUUUUGGAUAGUUGUGUUUGGGGUGUUGUAUGAUUCUAGUGUUUGUCAUAGGUAUUGUAUAGUUGUGCUUUAUCGUCAUAUUUGACUGUUGAUUCAGUUUGUGAGUUUGUGGAGAAACCUAUUCAAUUGAUUGGAUGAUGAUGUACAUAAGGUGUCAUAUUUUCUAUAUGUAGGCUUGUUCUUGUUGCAAA